UGAGUGCUGAAAGGGCCCGGGUCAGCUCACUGACUCCAGCCCGGGUUUAGUCCUGGGGGCCGGGGGCCGGGGGCGCGGGGAGAAAUGGUAGCCGAGCGGCCCGGCGCGGUGCUCCUGGGCGGCCCCGAGGGACCGCGGAGGCCGGGGUUCGGGAGAGUCGGUGGGGUUCAGGUAUUUGCCGCGAUCUUCCCGCUGCUGUUGUCCGCGGCAGUGACCGCGGGGGACGAGAACGACUUCAGGCUGGUCCAGCCGCUGGUGACCAUGGAGCAGCUGCUGUGGGUGAGCGGGCGGCGGAUCGCGGCGGUGGACACCUUCCGCAUCCCGCUCAUCGCCGCCACCCCUCGCGGCACUCUCCUUGCCUUUGCCGAGGCCAGAAAGAUGUCCACGUCGGACGAGGGGGCCAAGUUCAUCGCCCUGCGGAGGUCCGUAGACCAGGGCAGCACGUGGUCUCCUACAGCGUUCAUUGUGGACGACGGGGAGACCCCUGACGGGCUGAACCUGGGGGCCGUGGUGAGCGAUGCGGAGACGGGAGUGGUGUUCCUUUUCUACUCCCUCUGUGCUCACAAGGCCGGCUGCCAGGUGGCCUCCACCAUGCUGGUGUGGAGCAAGGACGAUGGGGUCUCCUGGAGCCCACCCCGGAACCUCUCCCUGGAUAUCGGCACCGAGAUGUUUGCCCCUGGACCGGGCUCCGGCAUUCAGAAACAGCGAGAGCCACGGAAAGGCCGGCUCAUCGUAUGUGGCCACGGGACGCUGGAGCGGGACGGGGUCUUCUGCCUCCUCAGCGAUGACCACGGCGCCUCCUGGCGCUACGGCAGUGGGGUCAGCGGCAUCCCCUAUGGCCAGCCCAAGCGGGAAAAUGACUUCAACCCUGAUGAGUGCCAGCCCUAUGAGCUCCCAGAUGGCUCAGUAGUUAUCAAUGCCCGGAACCAGAACAACUACCACUGCCGCUGCCGCAUCAUCCUCCGCAGCUACGACGCCUGCGACACGCUGAGGCCCCGGGACGUGACCUUCGACCCUGAGCUGGUGGACCCUGUGGUGGCCGCAGGAGCGGUAGCCACCAGCUCGGGCAUUGUCUUCUUCUCCAAUCCAGCCCACCCGGAGUUCCGAGUGAACUUGACCCUGCGCUGGAGCUUCAGCAACGGCACCUCUUGGCGGAAAGAGACAGUCCAGCUCUGGCCAGGGCCCAGCGGCUACUCCUCGCUGGCAGCCCUGGAGGGUGGCGUGGGCGGGGCGGACCAGGCCCCCCUGCUCUUCAUCCUGUAUGAGAAAGGCCGGAACUACUGCACAGAGAGCAUCUCCCUGGCCAAGGUCAGCGUGUAUGGGACGCUCUGAGCUGCACACUUGCCACGGCGAGAAGGCCCUGGCCUCAGCCGCCUCAGGACCGUGGCCUGCGGAGGGUCGCCGGGCGCCCAGAGGACAGUUCCACCUUCCUUUAGACUCCAGCCUUUUGCAAAGUCAAGUUUUCUUUGACAGGGAAAUCGCUCCGUUAGGCUUCCUUUCCGUAGCGCUGGGCCUGGCCCUGCCCUUCCUGCCCCGGGGGCCUUGCGGGGCCUGCCUUGGGCCUGUAGGCUGAAUAAACGCGAACUCAGGGACUUGGG